CCCCGCCCACCGGCCACGCUGAGGGGGAGGAGCCGGCUAGGCCCGGCCUCCGCCUCCCAUUAGCUGCGCUCCGGCCGCAACUCCCACGAGGGCGGGGAGGGCGCCCGUUACCUGCGCCGCGGGAGCGGCGGCGGCGGCGGCCUGGCUGGGGAAGUGGGCGGCGCCCCUCCGCCUCUCAUUCGUCCCGCGGCCCGGCAGGAGACGUGAGACGCAGGCGGCCCGGGUCUCCCCGCUCGCCGCGGCCGUGCCAUGCUGUGCCGUGCCCGCCUGACGCUGGUGGCGGCGGCGCUGCUGGCGCUGGGGGCCCCGCGCGGCGGCGGCGCCCGGCUCCUGGAGUGGUACACGGCGUGGGUGAGCACCGCCUACACCGAGCCGCUCAGCAACCGCACGGUGCGGGGCAGCGCCGAGAGCGGCCGCUACGGGGACAGCUCUCCCAAGGAGAGCGCGCAGGGCCUGGUGGGCAUCCCCCGCGGCGCCUCCGCCCGCCGCAUGGAGGGCUGCGCCUCGGACACCGACUACGAUGUGCCCCUGCCGCCUGGGAGCCGCGGCCCGCCCGGCGGGGAGCCGCCGCCGCCCUGGAUCGCGCUGGUGGCCCGCGGGGGCUGCACCUUCAAGGACAAAGUCACCAACGCGGCCCGGAAGCGGGCGGUGGCCGUGGUGAUCUACAACGAGCCCCGCUUCGGCAACGCCACCGUCUCCAUGUCUCACCUCGGAACGGGCAAUACAGUGGUAAUUAUGGUUGGAUAUCCAAAAGGGAUAGAAAUUUUGGAACCAGUACGCAGAGGGAUUCCAGUAAAAAUGACUAUUGGUGUUGGCACAAGACAUGUGCAAGAAUAUAUCAGUGGACAGUCAGUUGUGUUUGUAGCCAUCGCUUUUAUCACCAUGAUGAUUAUAUCACUAGCCUGGCUUAUAUUUUACUAUAUACAACGUUUUCUAUAUACUGGGUCACAAUUUGGAAGCCAGGGCCACAGAAAAGAAACCAAGAAAGUGAUCAACCAGCUUCAGUUGCAUACUGUGAAGCAUGGAGACAAGGGUUUAGAUGUUGAUGCAGAAAAUUGUGCUGUGUGCAUUGAAAACUACAAACCGAAAGAUAUUGUCCGAAUUCUGCCAUGCAAGCAUAUCUUUCAUAGGACCUGCAUUGACCCCUGGCUGUUGGACCACAGAACUUGUCCAAUGUGCAAACUAGAUGUCAUCAAAGCUCUGGGAUACUGGGGUGACCCUGAAGAGGCACUUGAAGUUCCAAUACCUGAAUCAAUAAGUGGCAGUGUAUCAGUAGGAAGUUUGAGUAUUGCUUUACAAGAAGAUGAUAGAAAUGAAGUAAGCGAUUUGUCAGCCUCCUCAACUAAUGAAUCUGUGCUACAGUGUAACAGUUUAAAAGAGGAUGCAGGUGAAACCACAGCAUUGCUUGACCUGGAUGGCAGUGAUAGUCGGCAUGGAGAACAUCUGUCUAAUGGAAAUUCCCACUGAAAACUUCAUGGAAGACUCUCUGAUUAGACUGCUUAACGAACUUCUUAUUUAAUUAGUAUGAACUUUUGCCUAGUUGAUGGGAAAAAUAACAAUGUAAUUUAUUUUAUCUUGAGAACUUUUCUAGUUCAUAUUCCAAAAGGGCUAAUAACUAAGAAUUUUGUAUAAAGAGGAUUUUUUAAAACUAGUCUGUCUGAUCCUAUGAAAGAUGCAAUACCUCUGAUACAAGAAUUAUUACAAUGUCAGUGUGUUCCAGAGGGCUGUAACAAAGAUGUAGACUAGGAUGAGAGAACAGAAUAUAAAAAGUUUAAUGGAUAAAUGUUGGUUACACUGUGUUUACGUUUAGCAUGUACAUAAAGCUGAAAGCAUUUACAACACUACAUUUUAUUAAACCGUACUUGAAAAAAAAUUACAUUUUGCUGUAACUGGAGCUGGAUGUUUAAGAAGCAUGCAAAAUAGAUUUGUGAAAAUAUCAAAUUUCUUUGAUAUUACAUGGCAUCUUCCACUCCUCCCACCACUGGAUGAAAAAUAAUUUAUCGCAACUUUCUUAAUAUCGUUGGUUCUUAGUGUUUUCCAACUCAGAGCUGAGUACUUAAAUUUUUCCAGCUUGUUAACUUCUAGCAGUAACAGUUGACUUCAGUGUCUUUGCUGGAUAGUCUUAACAUGUUGAGCGUGUUGACUUAUCUAGCAUUCAUGUCAGUUACCUCCCUCUCAAUCUUUAACUCAGUAAAACAGAGUAGAAAAGGGCUAUUAUGGCUAGGGAAUUUAUUUCUGUUUUAGACUUCCCUGUUUUCCCUCUUGUCCCCAUUUCCAUGUACACAAGUUGGGAUCCCUCCUUAAGAUCUUUUUAUGAAGCUAGGGAUCUUUGCUUUUGUCCCAUAAACUAGGAAAUUCCUUUUGGCUAUUUUCCAUUAUGACUUUGGGGUUGUCAUUAGUGUUUUUCCUUUGCUAGAUUAGCAGUAUUGUGCCUUAUAGUUGUGGGUGUUUUGUUUUGUUUUUUUAAAAGCACUUAUUACUAAACCCAAAACAUCAAAGAUGAAAUAUCAACCCCUUCUUUUUGACAUCCUGUUCGGAUAGUUACAUACAAUAGAUAGUAUAAAGAAAUGCUAAAUUGUUUUGUAAAGAACGACGUAUGUUUACAAUACUGUAUACAUUUUAAUAGUGUUGAAUUCUUAGGCUUUUAGUAUUGUCAUGUUACAAAUGAAUGUAUAUGGUACAUUCCUCAGACUUUUUGUAAAGUUGCUUAAAACAGUGUCUUUUGUCAGGCAUUUGUUCAAGUGCACUUUGUUUCUAAAACAAUGUGUAUUUGGAAUGUUUUUAAGAAAAUGAAAAUAUGCAAUCCUUUUCUAAUUUGUAUUGUGCUUCAGUUGGAGCAGUAAUUUUAUUUUAGAAUGAAUGUUCCAGAAAUGAAGGGGUUUUCAACUGAGGGGAAAAAAUGAGCAUUUACUUUACCAAACAGUUCAUAAUCAAAUAUUUGUUUUUCCAAAAUGUUCUCAGUAGUGAUAACUUAAGAUCUGCCUCCUUCUCCCCCCCGCCCAGUAGGAGUGCCCCCUGGUUAGAUUUCAUGGAAUAAUUGUCAGGGCAUAGUUCUCUCAUUUCACCAGCAGGUGCAACUUUUGUGAUGCCUCUAUCUGAUGAGAAGCACAUGGGGAAGUGGAAUAUUUAAUAACUAACAUCCCCAUCUCCAAACAAUUUUGAUGCAUAGGAACCAGUAUGCCUCCAAAGCAAGCUCAUCUUUACUUCCAGGACUGCCUUUUUAAUUUACUCUUUAAUAUAGCAACUGAGCCUUCUCCCUC